AUGAUGGUUUUGUGGCCAGCAGCCUUCAAGGACGGGGAUGUGCGGAUUUUCCUGAAGGAGUUCGAGGAUGUGGCGGAGCUGGCCGGAAUACCGACGGAUCGCGGCAAAUUGACGGCCCUCCGAGCUCUCCUCAAGGGUCGUGCGCGGGUAGUGUUGGACGCGGCACGAAGAGGCCCGGAGAAAAUGGUGCGAGCCGCCGUGAAGGACGCCCUGAUCGCGGGCGUUGACACCCCAGCCGACCGCCAGGUGGCACUCUGUCGCUUCAAGACGGUGCAGCUCGGAGUUGGUGUGGACCCACUUUCGCAUGCCGUGGCCCUGCGUGGGCCACUGGAUCGCGCACUACCGACACGGGAUGAGAAUGCUUGA